CCGUUCUCUUCCUUUCUCGUCUGGUUCCGUAAUCAUAGGGAGGAUAUAGAGCGGAAAAUACUGGAUUGACCUUCGCUUUCUUUCAUAUUUCCCUUUUCUCUCCACCACUGAUUCCGGUUACCAUGAACGAGAAGGCCAACGUCUCCAAGGAGCUCAAUGCCAAGCACAGAAAGAUUCUUGAAGGUCUUCUUAAGUUGCCAGAGAAUAAGGAAUGUGCAGACUGCAAAGCCAAAGGUCCAAGAUGGGCCAGUGUGAAUUUGGGUAUAUUUAUAUGCAUGCAAUGUUCUGGGAUACACAGAAGCCUGGGGGUACACAUCUCAAAGGUUCGAUCUGCUACCCUGGACACAUGGCUUCCCGAGCAGGUUGCAUUUAUUCAAUCAAUGGGAAAUGAGAAGGCAAACAGUUAUUGGGAAGCUGAGUUACCACCUAACUAUGAUAGAGUUGGAAUUGAGAAUUUCAUCCGUGCUAAGUAUGAAGAGAAGAGAUGGGUUCCUAAAGAUGGAAUACCCAAAUCACCUCCAAGAGGGCAAGAUGAACGAGCCUCUGUGGUGGAGCAGAGACAUGUGGAGAAAGGUGGACAUGGGUAUGCCAAUGGUCCAGAAAAUUCAUUUGAGGAAAGGAAGAAAGUUCGAGCUUCUAGGAUAAAAGAAAGUCGUAGAGUAGUAAUGAGUGUUCCCGGUCCUCCCAAGGGGCCUGAGGAGGUUAAACCUCAACUGGUUGUUCAGAAAACAGAACCAACAACAGUUGCAUCAGCAGAGGCGACAAAGCAUACCACAGAUGCUGCAUCUGUAGUUGCUCCUCCUAAAGUUGAUUAUGCUACAGACCUUUUCGACAUGCUAUCCAUGGAUGAUGGUCCGAGUGAAAAUAAUUCAGAGGCAGCCACCAGUGAUGACAAUGCCUGGGCAGGUUUCCAGUCUGCUGGAGAAGCAUCCACUAGUGACCCAACUGCUCCAGCAAAACCAGCUAAGAGUAAUUCUCAGUCUGCCACUGGAAUUCAGGAUUUCUUUAGUAUUUCUGCUUCAGAAACAACAAAUCAAGUUCAUGAGAAGCCCCAAAAAGAUGUUAAAAAUGAUAUUAUGAGCCUUUUUGAGAAGUCAAAUAUGGUGUCACCUUUUGCCAUGCACCAACAACAACUUGCUAUGCUGGCACAGCAACAGUCCGUUCUUAUGGCUGCUGCAGCUAAAUCUGUUCCAGGAAGUACUCAACUGCUUGUGUCCAACGGGAUGAACAUACCCACUCAACAGCAACUUGCUAUGCUGGCACAGCAACAGUCCCUUCUUAUGGCUGCUGCAGCUAAAUCUGUUCCUGGAGGUACUCAACUGCUUUCAUCCAAUGGAACUAACAUUCCCACUCAACAACAACUUGCAAUGCUGGCACAGCAACAGUCGCUUCUUCUGGCUGCUGCCGCUAAAUCUGUCCCUGGAACUGCUCAACAGCCUGCAUCCAACGGGUCUAACAUAUCCACUCAAAAUUGGCCAAAUACUAGCUAUCAAAUUCCUGGGAUGAUGAUGCCAAUGAGUGGGCAGGCUGAUGAUAUGCAGAAACUUAUGCAGACAAUGAACAUGGGACUGUCAAAUGCACCUGGAAACUCUGUUCCACACCCAACAUCCAGCUUUUACACAUUGGGACAAGCAACCCCAGUUAACAGUAUUGCUACCCCGGAAACAAAUAAAUCUCAAUCUGCAUCCCCAGUCUCAGCAUCAAAAUCCUCAGAAUCAGGUAGUGAGUAUGAUUUUUCCUCAUUGACACAAGGGUUGUUCACAAAACACUGAGCAUAGGGUGUGGGGUUAAUACAGCCUGGGUUGUCAUACUACAGCAAAAGUAGUUACUUCGAAGGAAAAUGAUUGAUGAAGUUUAUUUCAUCUCUCCUUGCUGGGGAUUGUAAACCAUUUGUAGAUGCAGUUGCAGUUUUUGCUUUUUCCUAUUUGGGUGUUGGCCUCAUUUGUAUUAUGAGUAGAGGUAUUCAAGACAAUAAGGAUGAGUUUAGAUUUAUCGAAUUAAUCAUCCCUUAUCAA